UCUGAAUGUGGUGCCGAUGCAAUGGCGUUACAUCACAGCGAUAUCGCGGGGGGACAUGUGACACCGGAUGGUGUUGUUUAUCAUCAAACAAUGGAUUCGGAACAUGACGACCUGCGUCGAAUUGACGAUGACAUUCAUGAUCAGAGCUAUGCAACAGAGUCUGAGUUUAACGAUGACGAUGGUCCACAUCAUUCUCAACCACGGGCCGUACAUCAGUGUAAUAUAUGCAAUAAAAUUUUUGUGUCAUUCAAAGGUCUCCAGCAGCAUGCAGUAAUCCAUACAGAUCAAAAACCAUUCGGGUGUGAUAUCUGUGGAAAGGCAUUUCGCUUUAAAUCUAAUUUAUUUGAGCAUCGUUCUGUACACAGUGGGUUUACUCCUCAUGCAUGCCCUUAUUGUGGCAAAACAUGUCGUUUGAAAGGUAAUCUGAAAAAGCAUCUCAAAACACAUGUAUCAACAAAAGAAGAACUUGAAGAAGCUUGGAAACCAUUUGCAAGGCAAGCAGGAUUAUUGCAUGUUUGCAGUAACCGAAGGCCGCCUGCGGAUAUUCCCGACGACGCAAUAAUAGUGCGUAGCACAGGUGAACCCUUCUUUACUCCUCCAAGUCGUCCAAGGAAGCGAAAGCUCGGCUUAGGACCUGAUGCGCGACCAUGGAUUGACAAAAUAAGGCGUGGUGAAUUACUGCCUGGUGCUCCUAUUGCUGGAAAGAUGCGGAGAUUGUCAGAUUUAUUGAAAACAGCUGAGGAAAGUUCAUUCACUUUAGCUGAGGUAUUUGAACAGGCUCGAGCAUUGUCAUUCGAACGUUUCGAUUGUCCGAUUUGUAAAAUGGUAUUUAUGUCAAGGUUGGAAUGCGUCAGUCACAUCGAUAUUGAACAUCCGACGGCUAGGACUGAACGACCAUUAUUUUGUGAAGUAUGUUUGAGGACUUUUGCCGACCGAAAGGCAAUGGAACAACAUGAGAGCUAUCAUAAGCGGGUUCAUUUGCUCAUUGAACAUGGUGAUCUCGAGGUAUCAUUGCUCUGA